UCAGGAAUUCAGAUUCUUGUUAUAACCUAAAACCACCAAAAACAGUCACCUGUGACAGAAAAGCUCAACUCUUCAAACUAAUAUUUGAAAAUUAGUAUACUCAUCUCUCAUUUAGUUAUAAUUAGAGAAUUAUCUCAUCAAUAUUGCGUUUCUGGGACAAUUUUGGCUCAGUUAAUGAGGUAUCUAAGCUUACAUCAUGUUUAGGCUUGAUUGCUUUUUCUUAAUGUGAGUUGAAAUUAUCUACUACAUCUCUAGACAUUUUACUGUUUUUGAUUAUUUUCCAAUAUCAAAGAUAAGUACGUCAAGUUUUUUGUGUUAUUGACCAAGUGUAGUGAGGUAAUUUUUAACUCAUUUGCUUUUGUCUGUGGGUGUAGGGCAUUUUUGACCAAAUCCUUUUUGAUCACAUUUGGCAGGAAUUUUCACUUUUUUUAAUCAGUUUGUCAUCGAAUAAAAACCAGUUUUCACUGAGCGGCUAUUGCCGAGCUGCUAAUUUUGAAUUAUCAAAGGAGAUGCAGCAAUGAUUUUAUCAUCCAAGGCAACGAUUACCUGAGGAUAUUCUUUCCUUUGUCAUCGAAUAAAAACCAGUCUUCACUGAGCGGCCAUUGCCGAGCUGCUAAUUUUGAAUUAUCAAAGGAGAUGCAACAAUGAUUUUAACAUCCAAGGAUCCAAGGCAACGAUUACCUGAGGAUAUUCUUUCCCGUUUAGAAUCAACUAUUCUAGAUCGCAAGAAAAAGUAUAUUGAUAAAAUCAAUGUACUUUUGGCAUCAUGGGAGCAAGUUCCGACAUACCUUAUUUGUGCAUCCUUUGAAGUGAUAGACAAGCUGAUAAGGAUCAUCUACAGAUACACGUUGCAUCUCAUUCUGAAAGCUGACUGGAAACAUGUGAGUAAGGCCAGCAAAACUCAUCUCAUGGUUACUGUAACCAGAUGUCACCGUGAACUUGACAUGAAGAAGAAUCCCUAUGGUCUUUGUACUGCGCUCUGCGUUAAUCUCAUUAACAUCAUCAACGACCCUUGGGACGUCAAAGUAUUGACGGACAUCAUUCACGGAAACCAACCUAUCAAUCAAGAAGCACAAAAAUAUUUCACUUAUGAAAAUGGGGUACUAGUUGUGAUGAGGAUAGAGGCGCUUGUCGAUUCGAAAUGUGAAGAUUUUGCUCUACGGCUGGCGGACUCUUGCCAACAAUUCUUGAGAACCGAGAAAACUAACAAGUCGAACAAUAAUACUAGUCAAGAGGAAAGAAAAGAGCUAAUAUUGGAAACAUAUCAACUUGAUCUGAUCAUGGAUCUCUACCUUACACUGUUGUUUCGUUGUGAGAAAAACUGUGAACUGAAAUCAAUUUUUCAGGAUUAUGACCUGACGGAGGGAGUUCAUCUUCUUCAACGGUUUCGUGAUCGAAAAUGCGGAUUUGGCUUUAACAAAAAGCUGUGGAAGAAUUAUAAGAUGACAGUCGAGGUUGGUUGCUGUGUGUUUCUGACCAAAGCAUUCCUACAACCAAUCGAAGAAAUUGAAAACUGUUCUCUAUUGGAAGCUCUUAUCAAGGAAUGGCUCACUUUUCAAACAGGAAGUCAGUUGGAAGAUGUUAUAAGAAAGUUAGUCUAUUCAGCUCGCUCUUCACAGCACAUCUAUACGUUCUGCGAAGUUUUAAUAAAGCAUUUUGGCUUGAAAUUGAAGUCAUUUUGUAUAGAACUAUUCAUAAUAGCACUAACCGUUAAUAUGAAUGAGAUCGAGACACAUAGAGACAAAAAUGACACAGAGAAAGUACGAGAAAAAGAGGUACAACUUGCUCGUGGGUUUUUGAUUUUGGCAGAUCUUCUACAAGAUGAUAUGGGAGUUUGUCGGGAGUGUGUAUUGACGGCGUUUUCAUUGAAUCCAACUGAAUCAAUUUUGGAACGAAUCAAAAGUUUAGCCGUGGCUACUGGAAAGUGUACACCUGCUGACGACGCUAGUGACCAGCUGCAAGGCUCAAUGUCAAUUCAACAGCAGUCUCCAAAUUGCACAGAUUACCAUCCCAAUGGCUCUUCCUUGAUCAACAAACAAUGUAGUGUUUCCAGCUCGAUGGAUGGAUGUUUUUCAGAUAGUAUUACUAUAACAGAGCAAACCCAUGAUGCAUUAAUAAGAAUUAAAGAAGAAGCUUCGACUGAAUCUCCAAACUAUGUAUUAUCUUCGCUAAGUUCCGUUUUGAAUGCUGAAUCCCUUGGACUUUCUAAUGUAUUGUGCAAUGAUUUGGCAACAAUAAUUAGCAGUCCGCGUUACCAAAUGUUGAGCUGGGUUCUAGAUUGGCCCAGACUGCUUGCAAUUUGCGAGUCAUAUCUUAAGUCCGGCUGUCAAAUGAAAAAUCAAACCAAAGAACUAAAAUUCCUCAAUAUAGACUACAAUAUUUUCAAAGAUUGGCCCAAAGUAGUUGACCGUGAUAUGUAUUGUGAUAUAGAAAAAGGGUAUGAACAGUGCAUCGAGCCAAAUUACUAUUUCGUGCAUACUAAAAUUACCAAAAAUACUAAUUCUGAAACAGCAGAAACGUUUACGAACAAAACAAAGAAGAAACGGCAAAGACCAAGGAAAGAUCCCACCUAUGUGACUCGGGAAAGUAAAAGGAAAAGAAAACCCAUUAAUACUUCAUUCAAAUACAUGUAUCUUGACAUGUCAGAUACAGAUACAGGAACUGAAGAUUGUUUUUCAAAUAGCAACAGCUCGGAGAGUGAUGUUUUUCAAUCUCAACUAGAGAAAAUUAAUCUCAAAUCGGCAAGAAAUUGCAAAAGUAAAGCAAAAGAUAUUAAUUACCAAAAACCUAUUAAUGAUGAAAGCAUUGUCAGUGUUAUGCCAAAUAGUGGAGAAUCACAGACCAGUUUCAUAAACAAACCAAACAAUUUGUCUCCACUUGGAAAAACCAGUGAUACGGGUUAUUCUGUCUUGGAAAUGCUAAGGAUGUUUCGUCGAGCGCCAAAACAAACCACCGCUAAUCCUGGAGCUAAUUAGCUAUAUCUAAAACCAUGCACUGAUCUAUCUAACCUGCAGAGAUCUCAGAGGAUAGCAGAAUGAAUAAUUGGACAAAUAAUUGAUUAGUGGUGCAAUAAACUCGGCUAUUUAACUAAAGGGUAUCGAACUAUGUAUCCAACAAUUUUAAUACCUGGGUAUUUAUCUUCUAUAUAAAACAUAGGCUACGUUAAAGUAUCCAGAUGCAUUCAUGAGUUGCCAGAUGGCCAAAUAAAAGUUCAACUGAAUUGUCUUCAGGUAAAAUGAACAAGAUUUCAUUGUACGAUUUUUACAUUCAAUGAAUAUAUUUCCAGUUGGGCUUGAAUACAAUGAAGACUGUAUAUAAUCAUAUGAGACUUAUCUAUUUCUUUAAUUGAUUGGUACUUCCUUGAAUCAAUCUUGAAUUUUAUCAUCGCAGGUUAUACGAUUCGAAUAAGUCAGAUUACCCAAGUUAGUGCCCGAGUUACUUUAACGAUUUUUAAAAGAGCCAAAUAGAUAAUUUUAUAGAUGUUUCUGUUCAUCUCUUGAACUAUGACCAACUUAUUAAGUUUCUUUUAUAAGAAACACUCAAAGUUCACAUAACAUCAUUUUUGAGAAUAAAGUUCAGCUAAUAACUGUGAUACAUUAUGCUUCCAAGCAUGAAUUGUUUUUCACUUUCAAUAAAAAAACAUCCUACUUGUAAAUGUGCUCCAAUCAGGGUAGGCUGAGUAACAUUUUUUAUAAGGAACACUCAAAGUUCACGGAACAUGAUUUUUGAGAAUAAAGUUUAGCUAUCAGCUCUGAUAGAAUAUGCUUCCAAACAUGAAUUAUUGUUUACUUUUGAUUAAAAAAAACACAUCUCACUUGAAAAUGUCCUCCAAUCAGGGUAGUCUGAGUAAAUUUUUUUCUCCUAUGAAUACUGCGUUUGUAAAUCGUUGUAGUUUAUGAAAAUGUUGACCACUCCAUAUAAAAUUUAUUCAGUUCUCAUACUCCUCAGUAUGAAUAAUCAUUGCAGUGUCAUUGAUUUCAUUGUACUUCAUUGAAGUACAAAUAUUGGUAAUAAAAUGAGGUAGUUUAGCACAUAUAGCAACGCCAACAUUAGUUUUGGAACAAACUGCAUCUAAAUAGGUCAGUACAACUACAAAUAGUAGUCCUCAGUUUUGCAAAAUUCUUUUGAUACACCCACUUUAUAUAUUUGUGUAUACUUAAUAUAGCUCUGUUGCUAGUGAGCCUUAAGCUUAGACAACAUUAAUUCACGGCGAACAUCAAUUUGGAAGUUCGAUUUUCUGGAGAUCAAUUUAAAUGGUUCAUUAUAUUGAUACACCGGUUCUUUGCUGUUCUCUUUAUUGAUAGAAGCGAUUAGUGAACGUCUGUUUUAAUUCAGGAAAACGCGCAAAGCCCAGUUAAUACGUUAAUAUUAUUGAUUAGGUACUCAAUCUUCACUGUAUUCAAGGCCCAACAUUGUUAUCACUAAUUAAAUUUGAGAAAAUAAUCUCUAACAUUAACUGCAUGAUUCAGUGUUGAAGAAAUAUUGUUCAUUGAAUGAACUUAAAGUUGCGUCCUAAUGAACCUCUUUUGUUUUAUUAUUAUUUUAAUUUGUAUUUUUGAGUAUUGAGUUUUUAUUUUAUAUUUUUGUUUGUACUUAGUUCUGAUGUUUUUGUUCCUACAAUCUAAUAAAAUUGAUUGUGCUAAUUUUUUGGAUCAUGAUUGUUUGUUUCUCACAAUGUAUAAUAUAGUAGGUAGGCCUACUGUUAUAGUUCAUUUGACUACUGAGUUUAUUGACGUAUUAAGAUAGAACUGUACUUUUCUUAAGUCUGAUAUAUCUGGUCGAGUUAUAGAUGAUUAUUAUUUAAAGUAUUCUGCAGAACAUAUAAGACUGUGAAAAGUGUUCAUUACUUAAUAUGAUUAACUAUUUAAACACUUUCUAUAACCUAUUACUAUCAAUAUUUAAAAUCUUGAAGAAUAUCAGUUGGAUUGAGAGUACACUGUAGGUAGACGAGUACUCUCAAAAAUAUGUAGGCUGUGAAAAAUGCUUAAUAUAUUGUUUCAGUUUUUAUAUUAUAUGUUAUUAUUGGUAUUUUAUUUUGGUGAUGGUUAUCUUGUCAAGUUGAAAUAUCCACUUGAACAUCACAUUGUGUAUGAGUUUACUGAAAAAAGUAAACAUUUUUUGUCUAGCAAUGCGUAAGAAGAUAAGGACUGUGCACCACGGUUUUUAAAACGUUUUAUCUAUCAAAUUACCUGAAUGAAACAAAUUUCUAAGGAAAAACUUUCUUUAUAAAUCAUUCUUACUUUCUAAGUUAUGAUCGCUCAAAGUUGAAAUCUUCAGGGGGAUUCAUUUUCAAAUUGGUAGUAAAUAAAUUCAUUAAAUUAUUAUUUAGUAUGUCGUAUUUGAUUUCUCAAAAUAUACUAGGACAAUUUUUCUUUUUUGAAAAAUGACCAAAUUCAAGUUCUUUCUUUAAUUGGAAUAAAUUUGUCUAGAAUUGAUAUUUUGAGAAAUCAAAUAUAUCACGAGAUGAACAAUAAUAUCAUAUAUCUUUAAGAAUGUAGCCUAUCCGCAAAAUUUCAUGAAUUUAUUUGCUACCAAUUGAUUGAUUGAUGAUUUGAUUUAUUUUACAUAAAGAAGUUUCAUCUUCUUUCUUAAGUUUACAUUAUAAUGAAUAAUGCACAAAAUAUGUUAUUAUCAUUCAGAACAAUAAAGUCCAAAGGUAUAUGCAUGGGAAAGUAAACUAGAGACCCCCUGGCUUGAAGAACUCGCUUAUGAACUGUUGUAUUGAUCUCUGAGAUCUUUUACAAGUAUGAUAUUACAGUAUUAGGUUCCAUGGGGAUCCUAUUCCAA